UCACAAUGCCUGCGCGCUCAAGCAAGUCGAGUAUUUUUAUUUAAAAAUUCGUCUCUGAAAUUUUACGAAAAUAAGUUACAUAAAUUUUUUAAAAUGCGCGUCUCAAAAAGUUGCAUUUUGUACUUUAUUGUCCUACUUGUUGGUUCAAUGAUUGUACUAAGCAGUGCGAAGCAAAAAAGUCAGGCACUGCGAAAUAAUUUACAUUCUAAAAUCCCUAACAAAGAUAACAACGCCACGAUUGAACCAUUGACGAAAACUCCUAAAUCGCACUGCUCAAAGGGAUACCGACGGACUUGGAUUGGAAAAUGUGUGAAAAAACAUCGCGCAUGA